UUCCAGUUAAGAAGGACAGCACUGCACUUUGCCUCCAUCGAGGGACACUCUACCAUCAUCCAGAAGCUUCUAGAGAAAGGAGCUAACAUCAAUUCUAAAGACCGGCUGGAGUCCAGAGCUGUUCACUGGGCCUGUAGAGGAGGAAGCCUGGCUGUGAUCGAGGUCCUCCAGAAACAUGGAGCAGACCUCAACAUCAGGGACAAGCUGAUGGCCAGCCCUCUCCAUGUGGCCACCAGGACAGGCCAUUCUGAUGUAGUGGGACACCUGCUGAACAGUGGAGCCAAAAUCAACGCCAGAGACAGGGAGGGGGACACUCCUCUGCAUGAUGCUGUGCGUCUGGGCAGAUAUAAGAUACUCAAGCUGCUCAUUGUUGGAGGGGCUGAUACAAGGCUCAAAAACCAUGAGGGCUUUACAGCAGUGGAGCAGGUGAAAGAGUGGCAGUUUGACACCAAGGAGACUCUGGAGAAACUGGACCAGCUGAGGGAGGUGGGUCUGGUACCCCCACUGUUACCUAACUUACCAGACCACCAAAUCAGCCUUCAGCCAUAAACCUCCACAUCCCACUGUUACCUAACUUACCAGACCACCAAAUCAGCCUUCAGCCAUAAACCUCCACAUCCCACUGUUACCUAACUUACCAGACCACCAAAUCAGCCUUCAGCCCUAAACCUCCACAUCCCACUGUUACCUAACUUACCAGACCACCAAAUCAGCCUUCAGCCCUAAACCGCCACAUCCCACUGGUACCUAGCUAACCAGACCACCAAAUCAGCCUUCAGCCCUAAACCUCCACAUCCCACUGGUACCUAGCUAACCAGACCACCAAAUCAGCCUUCAGCCCUAAACCUCCACACCCCACUGUUACCUAGCUAACCAGACCACCAAAUCAGCCUUCAGCCCUAAACCUCCACAUCCCACUGGUACCUAGCUAACCAGACCACCAAAUCAGCCUUCAGCCCUAAACCUCCACAUCCCACUGUUACCUAACUUACCAGACCACCAAAUCAGCCUUCAGCCCUAAACCGCCACAUCCCACUGGUACCUAGCUAACCAGACCACCAAAUCAGCCUUCAGCCCUAAACCUCCACAUCCCACUGGUACCUAGCUAACCAGACCACCAAAUCAGCCUUCAGCCCUAAACCUCCACACCCCACUGUUACCUAGCUAACCAGACCACCAAAUCAGCCUUCAGCCCUAAACCUCCACAUCCCACUGUUACCUAGCUAACCAGACCACCAAAUCAGCCUUCAGCCCUAAACCUCCACAUCCCACUGUUACCUAACUUACCAGACCACCAAAUCAGCCUUCAGCCCUAAACCGCCACAUCCCACUGGUACCUAGCUAACCAGACCACCAAAUCAGCCUUUAGCCAUAAACCUCCUAUCCCACUGGUACAUACCUAACCAGACCACCAAAUCAGCCUUCAGCCCACAACCUCCACAUCCCACUGGUACCUAGCUAACCAGACCACCAAAUCAGCCUUCAGCCCUAAACCUCCUAUCCCACUGGUACAUACCUAACCAGACCACCAAAUCAGCCCUAAACCUCCUAUCCCACUGGUACAUACCUAACCAGACCACCAAAUCAGCCCUAAAUCUCCUAUCCCACUGGUACAUACCUAACCAGAACACCAAAUCAGCCCUAAACCUCCUAUCCCACUGGUACAUACCUAACCAGACCACCAAAUCAGCCCUAAACCUCCUAUCCCACUGGUACAUACCUAACCAGACCACCAAAUCAGCCCUAAACCUCCUAUCCCACUGGUACAUACCUAACCAGACCACCAAAUCAGCCUUCAGCCCUAAACCUCCACAUCCCACUGGUACAUACCUAACCAGACCACCAAAACAGCCCUAAACUCCUAUCCCACUGGUACAUACCUAACCAGACCACCAAAUCAGGCCUAAACCUCCUAUCCCACUGGUACAUACCUAACCAGACCACCAAAUCAGCCCUAAACCUCCUAUCCCACUGGUACAUACCUAACCAGACACCACCAUUUCAGCUGGGUGCAUAGGGCUUAACUUCAACUCCCAUCCUGGACAGGCACAGCGUGUGCAGGCUUUUGAGUCCUCGUAGACAAAAAUAGUGCUAUCUAGAACCUAAAAAGGUUCUUUGGCUGUCCCCAUACCCUAUUUGGUUCCAGGUAGAACCCUUUCCACAGAGGGCUGUAUAUGGAACCCAAAAGAUUUCAAUCUGGAACCAAAAACGGUUCUCCAAUGGGGACAUUUUGUAACCCUUUUUUCUACAAGUGUAAAUCAAAACUAGACGAUGAAGUGAGGUUUGUGCCCAGUGGGCUACUGCAUAUUUGAUCAAGUCAUUUCAAUGCAGACCUACUGUCAUGGCAAACUCUCAUCAUCUUGUUUUCUGGUUAUAUUUGAUGUAACAGGAUUGUACCGUUACAGUAGUGGCCUGAUAAUAUAUGCUCUACUCUCCUAGUGUGUGUCUGCAUGGCUCUCAGGAACAUAAACCUAAGCACUUUUACUUGUUAUAAGCACGUUUACUGUAUUUGUUAUAUAUUUCCUGUAUACUCACACCCCUCAUGUACAUGGUAUUUGAUUCAUGUGUUAUCUGCAGUGUGUCUUUCUAGGACACAACAGGCGGAAGUUCAAAGAUUAGUUCUGUGUGCCGUUAUACCAGUGAGACUGCUGCUUUCAUGUCAUCUGCUUUUGCUGAAAAUACAUUUUUAGAAAAGUCCUUUCAGCUGAGCAGUGUGGUGCUGGGGACUGGACUUAUUAAAGCAACUCAUAGCCGAUUCUCUUCUGAAGAGCUUUAAAACCCCUGAAAAGCUGUGUUCUUGCAUUAGAAUCAUUAGACGUUGAAGUCUGUGCCUAGUGGGGACACUAUCUUGCCAUAUAGGCUAGUCACCAUAUAUUGAAUGUAAAUUGCAGAUAAUCCAUAUGAGAAUCCAAGAUUCACAGUACAUUCACUGCUGCCAUUGCUCUCCAACAUUACACCAUUCCUGGGGAUAUUAAAUCAACAAAUGAUUUACAAAUGUAUGUCGAAGUGCAUUUUUGUUCUUGUUGUUAAAAGUCUUUAUGAGCAGUAUUUUGUGAGCAGAUUUAAAAUACUACCAAUGCGGUAGGCAUUGAUUG